CUUCUCCCGCGCCCUCUGUCCUCAUCUCUGCCCGACAUCGCCCCGACAUUGGCAUCGGCAACAGCCAUGUUCCAGCCCCUGUCUGUCGCUGCCGACUCAGGCAGCACUGCGAGAGCAAAGAGAUACCACGAUCUAGCCAAGUAUCUGAGGCACACCGAUUUGGAGUCGCUCCGGGGCAUCUGGCAGACCGUGAGGCUGGAGCUUUCCCGAUUCCCCGAUGGCGAUGACAUGCAUACCAAGGUCGCGCUGCUCGAUAUCUGCAAGACUCUGUCGCUGGCUAUGGGCGAUGUCGAGGAAUACGUUCCGUCGCUGACGACGCAGCUCGAUAUGCAAUCUCCUACUCCGAUCUUGGCGGCGGCUCUCGAGAGCCUGCUCCUCACAAUCAAGGCCAAGAAUGCUGCAGCUUGGUCGCAAGACUCCAUGGACACAUUGAUCCACAAGCUUAUCUGGCUCCUGGCAUCGCCAGCGCCAACGGUCCGCAGCCUGUGCGUAUCGCUCUUGGCGAGCAUCACCAAACUGCCUAGCAGCCGAAGCGUCAUUGGCACAAUGUCGCUGGAGAAGCUCGAUCCAGCAACGGUGCAAGAUAUCUGUGCGGAAUUUAUGGGCGACGAAGCCGUCGUCGUCCGGGCGAGUGCACUGAAGGCGCUGAUAACCCUGGCUGAGUCGGGGCUCAUCAUCACCAAGGAACGAUAUCUUAAGGUCGCGCAUCUGGCAUCGGACGAAAGCAAGACUGUUCGCAUGAGUGCCAUCCACUUGAUGUGGAUUCUCGUCAACUCGCACCCGCACGCUGGCAUCCCGGGCAACGAUGCCGUCAAGAUGGCAAAUCAUGCCUUCCUCAAGCUCAGCGACAUGAUGGUCUCCGACGCCGUGCCCGAGAUCCGAGCGCGAGCGUGUGGUCUGCUGGGAACAUUCCGACAGAUCAACGAAAACUUUCUGCUGCAGACGCUCAACAAAGAGAUGAUGUCGAAUCUUCAGAGUCUCAAGCGGAAGCGCGGCGGCAAAGGCGACUCGGGCAAGUCCAAGAAAGGCUCAAACCGGCUUGCGAUCUCAGAGCCUCAGCUCGAGUUGAAAAUCGAGAUGGACGAAGCCAAUCUGCUCGAGUCAUCGGCUUGUGGCGCAUUCAUUCACGGACUCGAGGACGAGUUUGAGGAAGUCCGCAGUGUCUGCGUUGACUCGAUAUGCGAACUCUCGAUAUGGUCGGAGCACUUUGCCCUCCGUGCCUUGGAUUAUUUGGUUGAUAUGUUCAACGAUGAGAUGCAAAAAGUGCGCCUCAACUCGAUCCACAGUCUCCGCAAAAUUGCACAGCGCCACGCCAUAACCCUCAACAGUAACCAACUCCAGUCGGUCUCGCUGGCGCUCCAAGAUGCGAGUCGUAUCGUACGCGAGGCUGCCCAUAAAAUGCUCAGCUCGCUCAAGUUCAACCACGUCAAGCAGCUCCUUGCGCUUCGCACUUCGCUGGAGCAGAAUCUGGCUCGGUUCCCCCGUGACCGGCCUUCAAUCUACCAGUGUCUCUCUGAGCUUGGGCGCAACAACCCAGAAUGCACCGAGGCCUUGAUCAGCGUGUUUCUCAGAAUCGACGAUCGCUUCUUACCACAAGAGAUUGCUAUGGAGGAUCCUCAACAUAUCGGCAACAUCAUCAUGAUCUUUUCGGCGGCCGCAGUGCGCGCCUCGAUCCUCUCGACUUUGCCAAAGUACACAUUUUCGCACCUUGCAUUUGUUCGCCAAAAGUUUCCUGACUUUGUGCCUUCGCUCGAGAUCCAGACAGAGGAACAGCUUGAAGCCUAUCCCUUGACACCAGAGCCUGAGCGGACGGAUCAAGUCAGCAGCCGUAUUCAGUCCUUUGACGGCAGCACCUCAGAGUUGCUCAAGUCCGCGGUAGCGUACCUGAACAGGGGCGGAAGAUACCUGGAUGUGGGGACCCGGAUAUUGCAGAACUGCAAGGAGCGUCUGGAGUAUUCGAUCCACGUCUCCUGUUCGAAUACGCACCACGGCAAAGCCUCAUAUCUGCUCCGCAUGAUAACCUGUAUCGGGAUCGUAGCUCGAGCAAAGAAAUUUGUUCAAGAAAAGUCGGCGCAGAUGCCGUCCGUCGCUGGCACACUCGCAUCCCAGCUGUUGGUCGAGACCUACAAGCUGCGCCACGGCUUUCUGGGCGUGUCCAAGUCGGUGGCGGCCAGAUAUAGCCAGAGCAUGCGCUACUUUUCGUACCUGCUGUGGGCGAUCCACAACAACUGCAGAUCGGGUGUCCUCAAGACAAUCAAGACCGAGUUCGAGUCUGUGGAAAGAGAGUCGAUUCAGGAUCCAUCUUUUGUUCACGAUGUCGGUGACUUUAUCGACGCCCCCGAGGCCGCGGUCAACAACAUGGAGCUUGCUGCAGAGCUCAUUGAGCACUUUCGCCUGCAUUACGAAGAAGCGAGUGCCAUCGUCAGGGAGGCCAAGGUCAAGGCGGAAAUAGUGACCAAAACCCCCGACGCUGUCGAGGCAAUCGUGGCUGGAUUUCCGUACCACCUGAAGCUGCAAGCCUCGCUCUCGUGGGUCGAGCGAUGCGAGAGAGUGAUCGUGAAGGUGCUCUUUCCCGACGGAUUCCACAUUCUGCAUCGUCCGCCGCCAACAGAUCUUCGCAUGGCCAACCGGACAUCGUAUGCGCUGGCGACCCGGAUCGCACUGAGUUUUCCGGUGCCCACCACAGAGCAAUUUGUUGUCAAGGUCAUGGCGCUCUACGAACACCCACUGGACAGCCCUGCCGAUAUCGAUAUUCUCAAGUUUGGAAAGAUCGGCGCGGACACAUAUCAUGGUGUCCAGCUGAGUGUUAUGAAUCACACGGUCCUCUUUGUAACAGACUGACGGCGAGGGACACCCAACGGCCAGCACCGCACGGUCAGAGCCGCACCACAAAUGCCGUCGGUCUCUCCGCGCAGAGAUUGGCCGAAUACAGAGGCCGUCGCGGGAUCUUGAAUGGAGCAAUAUGUGGACGAGGACACCCAGUGCGGCUCUAUCCCAGUUCUAUUACACAUUCGCGGACAACAGGCCAUUCUUGAGAGACGGCC